AUGAAGUCGAACGCUGACAAGCGAGCCACAAGAGUCCAGCCUUCUAAGGUUGCACUGCUACCGCAGCUUCCACCUGAAAAUGAAGGAGUAUUGCAAAUCUCCAACCCGGAAUCGAAGUAUAGCAAUCACGUUCCCAGUUCCCACCCACACGCAACUAAACCCCCUUCAUCCUCACCCCAAGAGCUUUGCGGCAAGGUUAUCAGAGAUACAUCACGAGCCUUGGCUCUUCAAGCAAACAGCCGUUCUGACUCGGAUUUUAAUGUACGGAAUGAGUCUCCUUGGGACACUUACAAGAAAUACUACGAAUGUGAUCUAGCUGGAACAGUCAUCGUAUGUGUCCAAGCUUCCGAUGGGUGUGCUGCACGAGCAAUCCGUCCAUUCUCAAAAAUGGACCGUGACAAAAUCCUCAAAAUUCUCCGUUCGACAAACCAUAAGAAUGUUGCUUCCGUCUGGGAAUGUUUUUGCACCUCAGAUUCCUUGUACACUCUAAGCGAAUUUGACCCGCUGUCACUGGAUCAUAUUGUUGCCUGCAAGGCUUUCCCAGACCAGCAACAGCUGGCUGCUAUUAUGUCCCAGGUUGGUGCCUCAGAUGUCUUUGAACAAAUCGACCGAAUCGUUGACAGAGUGCAGUUUCUGGAAGGACUGGCUCAUUUGGUAACCCAGGGCUUCCGUCAUACUGCUUUGGAUUGUUCCAGUAUUCUCAUGAGCCUUAGUGGGGAGGUCAAGAUUGCGCGGAUUGACUGCUGCAUUCCCCGGCAGACAGACCACACUCUGGCGAAGGAUCUUGUACCUGCAUCGAGAAUCAUGAUGGAAUUGAUGCAAAAAUACGUCAAGGACGACGGGGCAGUCGGGAUUGAUGAUCUUGAGCGCUGGCAAGCUUGCCCGGCUGCUAUAGAAUUUCUUUUCGCGAUUACCUCGGCCAGCUCAUUCGAAGAACUAAGAAAUGUUUGUGGCCUGCCCAGUAGCCUCGCUCUGCAAUUACUUACUGCUUUUCAGGAACCGUUUUUGACAGAAACUCAAUGGUGUCUCGGCGACCUUAUCGGCCUUGCUUGGUUUGCUCUGAUAUCCGCCCGUACGUUCUACUCGUACACGCCGAAUUGA